AUGACUGAAGAGAAGAUUCAUCCAGCACCUUGGGCUUUCAAAGCUGAUGUGUGGAGUUAUUUUGGAUUUAAGACAAAAGAAGGCAGUAAAGACUUUGACAAGAGCCAUGCAAUCUACAAACUCUGCAGCGCCGGGGUCAAAUACUGUGGUAAUACGACAAAUCUGCGAGCACACAUGGCCAGACACCAUAGCGAUGUAGCAUCAAAUGCUACACUUAAAACGAAGCUCGGUGAUCCUACUCAACGGACUAUAGAGGAAGUUAACACUUCGAAGCUACCAGCGACUUCAACUCGUGCAGUCAAGAUAACGAAAUCAGUACUUGUUUUUAUUUGUAAAGACAUGCGUCCCCUGAGUGUUGUGGAGAAUAAAGGAUUUCGUGAUAUGAUUAAAACAUUGGAGCCGCGUUACGCCGUUCCUUCACGACGACACAUCACGGACAUCUCUCUUCCAAACGUGUACAACGAAGCCAAAGCAACGGUCCUGGACUCUCUCGGCUCAGCAGAGACGGUCGCUUUAACGUGCGAUGCUUGGACGUCUAGAGCUACUGAAUCGUAUGUUACUGUUACAGCACAUCACAUAAAUGACGAGUGGAUCCUUCAGUCUCAUGUAUUACAAACCCGAGCCAUGCAUGAAACUCACACAGGUGAACACAUUGCAGCAUUACUUAAGGAGACCGUGACUGAAUGGAGGUUGAACACAAAGAAAGUCAUUAUUGUAACAGAUAACGCACCAAACAUGGCUGUCGCGGCCAGACUCGCAGGCAUGACGCACAUACAAUGUUUUGCACAAUGCAGCACCACAGCCAGUGAUCAGUUCAAGCAGCAACAGCGCCUCCUUCAGUUACCAGCUCACAGACUGACCACGGAUAUAAUAACCAGAUGGAACAGCUCUUAUGACACGAUAGAACGCUUUUUAGAACAGCAACCAGCCAUCUGUGCAGCUUUGCUUUCUCCAGACGUCAGGAGGAGUGCAAAAGAAGUCUUCACAUUAAAUGAGUCUGACAUCAUGUGUGCAGAAGAAGUUGUCAGGGCACUCAAACCGAUGAAGGACGCCACCCUGGUGAUGUCAGAAGAGAGCGUGCCAACACUGUCUGUCAUUGCUCCUCUUCAUGCCAAGCUCAUGAUGGGUGCACAAGAAAGCCACGAUGAUACACCAACAGUUAGGGACAUAAAGGCUGCCGUUGCAGAAGAUCUGGGGAAAAGAUAUGCCAGUGAAAAGGAGACAUUACACAUGGCCUCAGCUGUUGAUCCUCGGUUUAAGGGCCUGCCCUUCCUGUCCGAAGCAGAGACCAGGGACAGCUAUUCCAGACUGUUGGAGGCAGUGGUUGGCAUGUGA